CUGUAGUGGGGGUCUCGCGCGAUGGGUCUUCGCCUCUGUCCCUACCACGCGGCGCUGCUCCCGGGUGGCGUCCUGUUCCUCCUGCUGCUGGCAGACCCGGCGCUCCCGGUUGGACGUCCCCCUCCGGUGGUGUUGGGUCACAGCAGAGGAGCCUCACACUCCAUCCAGAGUCACAGAAUCCUAAUCUCCCUAGCUUCUCAGAAAGUGAAGGUGUUGGCAUUAAUCCUGGGAAACCCCAUGGUGUGCAGUGGAAGAGCUGUUCCUGUGCACGGAGCAGGGACCUGACCUUGGCCAUCAGAGGAUCAGCAUCCAAGGGUGACCAGCCUCUAUGAUGCCCGGUGAUUUGGGCAACCAGCUGGAGGCAAAGCUAGACAAGCCAACGGUUGUGCACUACCUCUGCUCCAAGAGGACAGACAGCUACUUCACACUCUGGCUGAACCUCGAACUGCUGCUGCCUGUCAUCAUUGACUGCUGGAUUGACAAUAUCAGGCUGAUCUAUAACAGAACGUCCCGGGCCACCCAGUUCCCAGAUGGUGUGGAUGUGCGCGUCCCUGGCUUUGGGAAGACUUUCUCACUAGAGUUCCUGGACCCCAGCAAAAGCAGUGUGGGCUCCUAUUUCCAUACCAUGGUAGAGAGCCUUGUAGGCUGGGGCUACACACGGGGGGAGGAUGUCCGGGGGGCCCCCUACGACUGGCGCCGAGCCCCAAAUGAAAACGGGCCCUACUUCCUGGCCCUCCGGGAGAUGAUCGAGGAGAUGCACCAGCUGUACGGGGGCCCUGUGGUGCUGGUUGCCCACAGCAUGGGCAACAUGUACACACUCUACUUUCUGCAGCGACAGCCCCAGGCCUGGAAGAACAAGUAUAUCCGUGCGUUUGUGGCACUGGGUGCGCCCUGGGGGGGCGUGGCCAAGACUUGGCGUGUCCUGGCCUCAGGAGACAACAAUCGGAUCCCGGUCAUCAGGCCCUUGAAGAUCAGGGAGCAGCAGCGGUCUGCCGUCUCCACCAGCUGGCUGCUGCCUUACAACUACACCUGGUCAUCUGAAAAGGUCUUCGUGCACACACCCACAACCAACUACACACUGCGGGACUAUCACCAGUUCUUCCAGGACAUCGGCUUCAAAGAUGGCUGGUUCAUGCGGCAGGACACAGAGGGGCUGGUUGAAGCCACGGUGCCACCUGGUGUGCCCCUGCACUGCCUCUAUGGCACUGGGGUCCCCACGCCAGACUCCUUCUACUACGAGAGCUUCCCGGACCGCGAUCCCAAAAUCUGCUUUGGUGAUGGCGACGGCACUGUGAACUUGCAGAGUGCCCUGCAGUGCCAGGCCUGGCGCAGCCGCCAGGAGCCCCAAGUGUCAUUGCAGGCGCUGCCGGGCAGCGAGCACAUAGAGAUGCUGGCCAAUGCCACCACCCUGGCCUAUCUGAAACGUGUGCUCCUUGGGCCCUGAUUCCUCUGCCAGGCAGGGCUGUGGGAUGGCGUGGCCACAGCUGCUCCUCUUGUCCUCCUGGACUAGCACGGUCUGUGAGUUUAGCAGUUUGUGACUGACUGCCUAAGGUCCUCAAUCUUGGGUUGUGAAAUGUCUGCCAUUGGGAAGUGCUGUUUCUUAUCCUUCCUCUGUGGGAGUGAGGAAGGAAGAAAUAGUCUGGACUCACUUGAGGGAUCCUUGCUGGAAAGAAUGCUGCUGCUGAUGGAAUUGCUGUGACCUCAGGACUGGCUCCGCAGGCGGAUUGGCUGGCACCUGGCCCCAAUCCUGACUCAGGGCCAUCUGUUCCACAUACCCCUGUGGCCUUUUCACACUCACCCACCAGGCCCUGGUCCCUCAGCCUUCCUGUGAGGGAUAUUACUGAGCUGUGGUCCCUGUCCCUAAAGACCCCAGGGAUGGGCUUCUGGUCCCUACGGUGAUCUUCCCACAAACUGGCCACAGGUAGGCUUGCUACUGGCUGCGAGUGGCUGGAGUUGCUGGCUUCCCUAUGGCCUGGUUGCUCAACAGCCUGACUGUGGCUUUCUGGAGGCAGCUUGGUUCCUCCUGCAGGCAGGGGCAGUUGUGUUCUCCGUGGUUCCCAGGUCCUGGGGCAUUCACUCCUACCUCCCUCACCUCCAAAAACAGCCUAGCUCAGGAUUGGGCAGCAGGUGGCCCUCCAUUUCUUGGGGACUCUGUCCCAGGAGCCUUGAUCUCCUUGGUUGGGCUGUUACCCACAGUAUUGAUGCUGGUUCCCUUUGCCAUGGGACUGUAGUUCAAGGAUGAGAGCAGGCCUAGUCCCAUGGCCUUUUAGGUACUCAUGAAGAAAACUCAAGGAAGCAGUGAAGGCCACUCUGAGCUAUCCUGAGCUGCUCUCUUGUUAACCCCGCCACCACAUUACCACCCUGCCCUAGGGGUUUUCUACCACCCAGGUGGGCUGGCACAGGGCUGAGAGGAGGUAGGGCUCUUGCCCAUCUUGCCCAGCACCUACUGCCACCAGGCAGCUCAGUGGUGUUUAGUCCACAGAGACUAGCCCAGAAACUUGAGUGAGCCCCUGAGAGAGCCAGAUGGCUUGGGGCUCCCCUGGUAGUUUUCUGUCUGGAUCUGCCUUGGUGGCAGUCAUUUCCAAGUGGGCAAUGGCUAUAGGCCAAGACUUGAGUCUAGCCUGUAGGAUGGGACCCCAGAGCCAUAGUCAGGCUGGACUGUGCUGCUCUCCCACCAGGUUUCUGUGGAGCUGGAUUUUCUCUGUUGGGAACAUACCCAGCAUCUCUCUCUCCUUUUAUUCCUGGAUAGUGGGCUCCUCAUGGAGCUCUAAGCAGGCUGUACCUUGAUUCUGGCAAUAAAAAUAUUCUGAUG